AUGUUUCCUAGGGCUUAUUAUAUAAGGUAUGUAAAUGAGCACAAUAUUCAUCAUCAAAAUUUCAUCAAUCAAAUCAUCAAAUUUGUUGAGUUUUUAUUAAAAAAAUGGUUUCUAAGGUUUUUCUUCUAUUGGCUCUUUUGGCUAUUGUUUUUCUCAUCUCUUCUGAGGUUGCAGCUAAAAGACUUGACUCAAACUUCCACUAAUUCCGAACAAAUUAAGGAUAAGAAAGUUGACACCAAAGUGGAGGAUGCCAAGCACGGAUACGGUGGAUACCCCGGCGGAGGAUACGGUGGCUACCCAGGUGGUGGCUAUGGAGACCGAGGUGGCGGAUAUGGACGCCGAGGUGGAUAUGGUGGCGGAGGAGGAUACAGAGGCCGUGGAGGAUAUGGAGGCCGAGGCGGAUACGGAGGAGAAUGCGGGCGUUACGGUUGCUGCUACCGUGGAUACAAUGGUUGUAGAAGGUGUUGUGCUUAUGCUGGUGAGGCCGUUGAUAACAAGCCUCAUAACUAGCACUGUCAAAACGGUUUGACAGUUCGGUUUCGGUUCGGUUUGAAAUCG